AUAAUAUACUAGCUUCCUUUGUUCAUUCAAUGGCCAAAAUAUAUCCAGAAACACUCAAGAACUCUUCUUCUUCUUCUUCGUCUUCGUCUUCGUCUUGUUAUGUGACAUCCACAAGAGAAACAUUUACUAUAUGGAUGAAAUCCCUAGUGUAUCAUGGAAAUGGUUGUACUGUUUUUAAUUCUAAAGGUGAUAUUGUUUUUAGAGUUGAUAACUACCAAGAAAGAAAUAGUAAUGAAGUUUUCCUCAUGGAUCUUAGUGGACAAGUUCUCUUCUCUAUUAAAAAAGAGAGACUAAGAUUACUUGGUAGGUGGAGUGGAUAUUUAAGUGGUGGAUUUAAAGGAAAGCCAUGGUUUCAAGUGAGAAGAAAUUGGAAGUAUUCAAAAGGAGAUGUUAUUUGUGAUGUAAAUUUAGGGUGUGAUAAAUCUAUAGGAAGUUGCUAUAAGAUUCAACAAAUCGACAAAAAAUCAUCAUUUCAAAUCUCAAAUAAUACUGGUCAACUUGUCGCAAAGGUAAAUCAAAAGCAAUCAUCAAGAGGAUUUGGGUAUGGUGAUGAUGUGCUGACUCUAGAAGUGGAACCUCAAGUUGAUUACUCAUUUAUUGUGGCUCUUGUGACAAUAUGUGGUUUGAUUAAACACAAAUUAUAAAGAGCACAAUUAGUCUAAAAUUGACUAUUGCAAGAUAUAAUCCU